GGAGCUGGUGGAUAAAUCAAAUGCACCUUGAAGUUUGUCCGGGUCACGUGUUAUGAGUUUUUCCGCGCGUUUUGGCGGCUGACCACCUACCAGAAGCCCUGCUGAGCUGAAGAUUUUGAGAGAUGCCACCAGCGAAAAAGGCCAGAGUGGGUAAAAGAACAGCAAACUCAGACAGAGGCGAUGUUGGUGAAACAGUGUCUCCUGCAAAAGAAAGAGUUGGUGGUAAGAGGAAAGCUGCAGCUUCUGUUCAGGCUGGAGAAAAGAAGGAGAGACCUGGUCCUCCAGAGUACAGUCACUGGCUGAUGAAGUCUGAGCCUGAGAGCCGCUUUGAGAACGGCAUCGAUGUGAAGUUUGGGAUUGAGGAUCUGAAGGCUCUGCCUAAUCAGACCAGCUGCUGGGAUGGGGUCCGCAAUUAUCAGGCGCGCAAUUUUAUGAGACAGAUGAAAGAAGGGCAGACGGCUUUCUUUUACCACAGCAACUGCAAGGAACCAGGAAUAGCAGGAGUCCUGAAAAUUGUGAAGGAAGCUUACGUGGAUCACACUCAGUUUGACAAGAAGGAUGUUCAUUAUGAUCCAAGCAGCAAACCAGACAACCCAAAGUGGAGCAUGGUAGAUGUUCAGUAUCAAAGAAUGAUGAAGCGUUUUCUUCCUCUGUCUGAGCUUAAAAAGUACCACCUGCAGCAUCGCGCUGAAGGAGGGCCUCUGAAGGACAUGGCGCUUCUUACAAGGGCCAGGCUCUCUGUGCAGCCCCUCACCGCUGAGGAGUUUGACUUUGUCCUGAGUUUGGAGAACAAACAGCCACUGUGAGGAUGUGAAAUCAUGAAACUGAAACCUACUGUAACAUCAGCCACUGUAUGUAUGCAAAGUGUAAUCAGUAUAAAAUACUGUUGUGUUUUUAGUGUUUCAUGUUCAUAAAUAUUAUUAAAUGCGUUUUUUUUUUUAAAUUACAACUCCCAUGAGUGUUUUUGGUGUAACCAUAAAAUCUUGACAUCACAGAGGUUGAAUACAAAACAGCAGCAAUAUAUAAUGUGGAUUAAGGCUCUUACUCAUUUUUGUUUCUGUAUUCCUUGUAACAUUCCACCAUCUGCAGUAAGAGUGCAGCAAGCUUAAUCUGAUUAUUAUUUACUUGAUUAGUUGUUUGGUCUAUGAGAAUGUCACAAAUUCCUAUAGACCAAGCUUUCAUCUUCAAACAAUCCACAACCAAAAGAUAUCCAACUUGAAAUCACAGUGAAUUUUCCCCGUUGUUGCUUAAAAAACUACUGAAAUAAUUUAUUAUCAAAAAAACCUGCAGAUAAAGUUUGUCUGUUUGUUGUUUUAGGGUAAGUUUGUAGUUCUGUAAUUGGCUCAUGAGUAAUUCAGGGACCAACCACUUCUGCCGGGCUGUAUGUACGACUCUCAUGUACUGUAUGUAGCAGUGUUAUUAAGAUGCAGCCAUUCUGACAUGCAACUUCUUUUUCACAUGAUGCUGUCAUUAUUUUGUCCGUUCAGGUUAAUCGUGUAAAUGCAUUGUCUCAUUUAUGUAACGCAACCAAUACAAACUCAGUGUCAAGUCA